GUUCUUGACUUGAAACUUCGCUUGUCCGAAGGCUGUUGGAAAAAUCAAAUCCGAUCCAAACUCACAAUCUCACAGAGACAGAGAAGAGAUGGCGAGUCGGACCAGUGAUCUUCUACAGCGAGUCGACUCGGCUCACGAGCUGGACCUCGACGCGCUAUUCCGCUACGCAUCGGCGAAUGUCCCCGGAUUCCCUCUCUCCCCGUCUACUUCCGCCGUUUCUCAGUUCGGACACGGCCAGUCGAACCCGACGUUCCUCAUGGAGGUUGGGAGUGGGGGCGAGUUGAAGCGUUACGUAAUGAGGAAGAAGCCGCAGGGGAAGUUGCUGGAAUCCGCUCACGCCGUCGAUAGAGAGUUUCAGGUACUCCAAGCUUUGGGUGCCCACACAAAGGUUCCAGUUCCUAAAGUGUUCUGCUUGUGUACUGAUCCGAGUAUAAUUGGGACUGCAUUUUACAUCAUGGAGUACCUGGAAGGACGUAUAUUCGUAGACCCCAGUCUGCCGGGUGUCGCGCCAGAUAGGAGAAGGGCAGUAUAUGGAGCAACUGCAAAAGCUUUGGCAUCUUUACAUUCUGCUAAUGUGGAUGCUGUUGGUCUAGGAAAGUAUGGACGAAAAGAUAAUUAUUGCAAGCGACAGGUAGAGAGAUGGGCUAAGCAGUAUAUUGCUUCAACUGGAGAGGGUAAGCCUGAGAGAAAUCCAAAAAUGUUCGACCUGAUCAAUUGGCUUCGACAGUAUAUUCCUCAAGAAGAUUCUUCAGGAGCUACAGCAGGCAUAGUUCAUGGAGACUUUCGUCUCGAUAAUCUUGUAUUUCAUCCCUUGGAGGAUCGAGUUAUCGGUAUCCUUGACUGGGAAUUGUCUACACUUGGAAACCAGAUGUGUGAUGUUGCAUACUGCUGCAUGCCUUAUGUUGUUGACAUUAGGUUGGAUAAAGCCCACCUCGGUCAAGGUUUUGAGCUUUCUGGAAUUCCAGAGGGUAUUCCAUCUAUGGCUGAAUAUCUGGCUGAAUACUGCUCAGCAUCUGGCAAAUCAUGGCCUGCUGCUACUUGGAAGUUCUACAUGGCUUUUUCGUUUUUCCGUGGUGCAUCAAUAUAUGCUGGAAUCUACAGUAGAUGGAUAAUGGGCAAUGCUUCAGGAGGUGAACGUGCACAACAUGCGGGUCAAUUAGUUCAUUACCUAAUAGACUUUGCAUGGGCAUAUAUUGGAUGGAGUUCUGUGCUUCCUGAGCACCCACCAACUGCUCCAAGGUUUCUCAAUUCCUCCACACCUGGCAAUUAUGGUGGAGAAGGAAGCUUCUCAUUGCAGGGAGGGCAAUUUGUCCCUAAUGAAAGGGUCUUGAACUUGAGAAACAAGCUGAUUAAAUUUAUGGAAGAUCACAUAUACCCUUUGGAAAAUGAAUUUUACAGACUUGCUCAAUCUAAUUUACGAUGGACUGUUCAUCCUGAGGAGGAGAGAUUGAAAGAGCUGGCAAAAAGAGAAGGCUUGUGGAACCUGUGGAUACCUUUUGAUAGUGCUGCUAGAGCAAGAGAACUAAUUUUUGAGGGAAAAAGUCAUGCAUCCAGCAACAAGGCGUAUGAUCGCUUGUUAGGCGCAGGCCUUUCUAACCUCGAGUAUGGCUACCUUUGUGAGAUUACGGGCCGUUCUGUUUGGGCUCCACAGAUUUUCAAUUGCAAUCCACCUGAUACUGGAAAUAUGGAGGUAUUGUUGCGAUAUGGAAAUAAAGAUCAGCUAAAUAAAUGGCUUGUUCCUUUACUCGAAGGGAAAAUCCGGUCAGGAUUUGCAAUGACAGAACCACAAGUUGCAUCUUCUGAUGCAACUAAUAUAGAGUGCUCCAUCAGAAGAUUAGGAGAUUCGUACAUAAUCAAUGGUAAGAAGUGGUGGACAAGUGGAGCGAUGGAUCCAAGAUGUAGACUUCUUAUAGUUAUGGGUAAAACUGAUUUUACUGCUGCCAAGCACAAGCAGCAAUCAAUGAUUUUAGUGGAUAUUCAUUCUCCAGGUGUUCAUGUAAAGAGACCACUCAUGGUUUUUGGAUUUGAUGAUGCACCUCAUGGACACGCAGAAGUUUCAUUUGAGAAUGUAUGUGUACCAGCAAAGAAUAUUCUUCUUGGCGAAGGUCGUGGUUUUGAAAUUGCACAGGGUAGGCUUGGUCCCGGAAGAUUGCACCAUUGCAUGAGAUUGAUUGGUGCAGCUGAACGUGGCAUGCAGAUGAUGGCUCAAAGGGCUCUUAAAAGGAAAGUCUUUGGGAAGUUGAUCGCAGAACAAGGAUCGUUCUUGUCAGAUAUGGCUAAGUGUCGGAUAGAGCUGGAAAGAACUAGACUGCUAGUGCUGGAAGCAGCUGACCAGCUUGAUCGGCUUGGGAACAAGAAGGCUCGUGGAACCAUUGCGAUGGCUAAGGUAGCAGCUCCCAACAUGGCACUGAAGGUGCUCGACAUGGCUAUCCAAGUGCAUGGCGGAGCUGGAGUAUCUUCAGACACUGUCCUAUCACAUCUCUGGGCCACGGCAAGAACUCUACGAAUUGCAGAUGGUCCGGACGAAGUCCAUUUGGGCACGAUCGCCAAGUUAGAACUUCAGAGGGCCAAACUCUAGGAAAUCCUGGAGAAAAGCUGAAGCAGAGCAUGUUUUCCUCCACAAGGAAGAGAUCGAGGUCAGAGUACUCUGAAACAAAGCAUGCCAAUCAUUCCUUGUAUAAUGAAAGCAAAUGAUCAUGUGUUGGUAAUUUUUUAGCUGGAAUAGUUUUGGCUGCUUGAAAUUAUCUUCUGUUGUUAAUAAAAGCUUGAGAAGAAUUAGGGAAGAAAUGGUAUAAUAUCCUUUUAUAAGGGUGUAUUCAAUGGCAGAAUAUAUUG